AAUGACAAUGGCGCGGUGUUAAUGCACUAUGGCCGGUCAAAGGAGUUACAGAAGUAGGGGAGAACAUGAAGUUUUGUGUAGCAACUGUGGAGUUAAACUGCUCAGCUGUUUAAAGCACGGAGGAGCAGCUGGAACACGUUCAAGCUGUUUACUUUACUCCAACUCCGGAGAAGUUUAGGAGAGGACCUGUCACGUGAAACUUGUUGGAUUUUUAAAGUUUUAUUAAUAAGCUCGCGUCAUGGCUCUGUCCCAGAUACAAUGUCUGGACGAUAACCACGUCAACCUGCGGACCACUGAGUCCAAACCGGAGUUCCUGUACUGCGAGGACCAGCGGCUCGCGCUGGAGGCUCUCCUGCGGGAUGGUCGCGAGGCGUUUGUCAAGUACCUGGGGGCACGCGGCCUGCGCGGCUUCCUCUCGGACCCGGAGCUGGAGGCUCUCACCGAGACGGCGGAGCCCUAUGACCCGGGCUCGGAGCUCUUCCUGGAGGAUGCUGAGGAAGACGAGCCUCCGCUGUCACAGCACUACUGGCCCGACUUGUCUGACACGUCCAUCCCGCAGAUGGACCUGGGCUGGCCGGACUCCGCUUCUUACCGCGGGGUGACGCGCACCGCCGUGUACACGCAGCCGCCCCUGGAGGGUCACACUCACAUUAAAGAGGUUGUCAGAAAAAUGAUUGCGCAGGCGCAAAAGGUAAUAGCAGUAGUGAUGGAUAUGUUCACUGAUGUCGACAUCUUCAGAGAUUUGCUCGAUGCUGGUUUCAAGAGGAAGGUUUCUGUCUACAUCCUGUUGGAACACAACACACUACCUCAUUUCCGGUCCAUGUGUGAGAGGGCAGACAUGCACGCCGGGCACCUCAAGAACCUUCGUGUACGCUGCACAGACGGAAGAGACUUCCACACUCGGUCCUGCAAAAGGGUCAGAGGGCGAAUGGGACACAGAUUCAUGUUCGUAGAUGGAGACAAAGCCGUGUCUGGGUCGUACGGUUUCACUUGGAUGGCAUCCCGGCUGGACAAAAAUCUCAUCACAGUGGUAACAGGCCAGGCAGUGGAUGCCUUUGACAGGCUGUUUCGGGUCCUUUACGCCUCCUCCAGCUUCGUUGACCUCCGGCAGGUUGCCACGGAGCCUGAACCUGAACUGGAGCCCGUCCCUCAGGUGGCCACAGUGCAAGCUUCUCCUGCUGAUAUUGCUAGAAAACUGUACAGCCCCAAAUAUGCCCUGGUUGCUUUAAGCAACCCCAGUCCCACUCCUUCUGCUAGCCCCAAAGAGACCCAAGAUCCAGAAGAUGACCCCAAGAGCCCAGAGAGCAAGAAGAGGAGGCGGCGGAAGGCUAACCAAGAAGCCGCACAAGAGGCUCCUCCCCUCCACCCUGGACUCAUCGAUCUAGAGAAAGCAUCAUUGAUUUCGUACUUGCCCAUCUGGCCGGAGCCUGACCCCCCAAGUGAUGUUAUUGGAUUCAUUAACGUUCGUGAUAUCAGCAAACCAACUCAGGUCCAUCUACAGAGAUCUGAGAUGUUUGAAAAGAGCCAAGCGAUCAGGUUUAGCAGUCCGGUCAGCAUGCCGAAGGAAAUCCUGCCAGAUGUUGCCAAGCCCAGGCAGUUUUCUGUUAAUCCCAUGGAGAAGAAUAAACGGCAACCAGCACAAGAUAAAUCCAAGGCUAAAGAGUCUCAGGCAGCACAACUCAAUGCAGGAGUUGGCGACAUUAAAAGUAAAGCAGAGGCACCUGGACAGAAGACACCUGCAUCUGGACCAAAGUGUGAUUCCAACAAAGACACUAUGAAGGCUCUUAACACUGAGAAUAAACUGCAUUCAAACACACCCAAGAACCAAGAAGCAGGCCACAACACCACACCUCAACUCAACGCACACACACCUCGCCAAUCCAGCGGGAAAGCACCCACUCCUGACACUAGAAAGCCUUUACAAACUGUCACCACCCUGGCUGGAUUUAAUACAGAAACUAGUUUAAACACACAUCGUCCUGUUGUUGUCAGGACAAACACCCUGGAGUCGAGCAGUAAACACACCUCACACCUGCAACGUAAUGCUGACACAGAACCACACACACAAACAAAGAAGGUGCUGCCAGACAAAGAUUCACACACACAGCCACAAAAGAUCCCCACCUCUCCUACUUCAGUGAGUCCCACCUCCGUUUCUGAAAAGAAUCACAUCUCCAUUAGUAAAAGCACGACUCCCAGUUCUCCUGUGUCCUUCAUCCCUUCUUCUCCCUCCAUCCCUCAUCUUAUUUCUUCUCCUACAGCUCUCAAUCCUCCCCUUCCUCCUUCCUCAGCAUCCCCAUCUUUGACCUCAACCCCUCCCGUCCCUAAACCUCGUACUGUCCAGCUCGUUAUGACAGGCGUCAUUGGUGAUAGCGGGAAGCUGCCGGAGUUCAGUGUUGUCAGGAAGUCUGAGACAAACACCGGGUCACUAGUGGUCCUCAAUGAGCCCACUGUAGCAAAAGAGGGGCAGCCAUCGGCAGAAAAAGUGCCUGAGACUGUUCCAGAUCUGCACAAUAACAAUGGAAGCCAAACAUUGGCACAAAAAGAUUCGGAGAACAAAGAAGAAGCUCCACAGCAAAAUCAGAUUGGAACUACCCAAGAGGUAAAGAACGAGGAAGAGAUUGGUGGAUGUGAUGACAGAGCAGGAAUGCUGCUGGUUGCUGGAAACAACCUAGAUGCCAAGUCAGAUGUUUUGAUUACUGGUACACUCAAGGAAGAGAGUAGCAAUAUUCAAGAAUUAAUUCCAAAAGAUGUUGAUGUUAAGACUUUGAUGUCAGUAGACUGCAAAUUAACCCCACAGGUAGACUGUGCAGCCACAGUACAGACAGAGAUAAAGGCUCCAGAAAAAGCUUUACCAGGGUGUGAGUUUUCUGAAGUGCCAAAUGAAAAAACAGACCUUUCAAAGGCACAUCAGGCACCUCAGAGAAUAUCACAUAGUGAGUUGACUCCACAGGAUACAGAUGUCUUAGACACUGUGGAUUCUUUAAUAGCUCCAACACACUCUCCUGUUCCUUCCACACACGUACCUAAAGACAGUGCUGGUGAUGGCACACACACUUCUGCUGCAGACACUCGAGGUCAGCAAGGUUAUCCUAGUAUUACACCAGCACCCGGCACAGACAGCAAGCCAAAUACUGCAAAACAAAACACACAUGGCACCUUUCAAGAACAAACUCCUACAGCACGGGGAAGCACACACACACCUGAGAGACCCCUGCGCUUGCAGCUCACUGAGGUAAACGUGCCAGACCUGCGCUCGCCAACGCCUGAGAAAGAAUCGUGGUUGCUCGGGGCGCUCACACGGACUCCAACUCCGGACGGAUAUCAUUCAUGCACGCCCACCUCAGAUUCACGAACGCCGGACUUUCGAACGCCUACGCCCGACGGCUACUUCUCAGCAAGAACAGACUCUGCUCUCUCCACCAACUCCGAGGAGUAUUAUGAAUGCAGCGGUUCUCCUCUGAACGAGGCCGUUUUGGACCGAGCGGCUUCCCGCAAGAACGGGACGAUCGAAGAUCAUGUUUCUUUCACACUCACAAAUACUCCAAAUGCUACAGGCAUCACCACCAGUCCUGCAUAUAUAAAUCAUAACAGUUGUGAUGCUACAGUAGGCGCUACAGACAGAAAUACCUCCAGCAGUGAAACACAGAGUGUGUCUGGGCCUGCUAAAGUCUCCUCUUCCUCCUCUUUACCUGAGAAGAAAGAGGUGGAAGAAAAGGAGAAUGGAAAUGAAGAAAAUGGGAGGAAAGUGGAUGAAAAGGGGACAAGUUUGGUAGAGAGUAGGACAGAAGGAGAUUACCAGGGGUCAGAGAGAAAAGGCAGCGAGGAAGUUAAGAGAACAGCAGAACAUUUGAACCAAAGUGUGGAUUCGACAGAGACAAAAGAAAUAAAUCAGGAGACCCAACCUCCUAAGAGAAAGAAGGUGCUAAACCAGUCAGCAGCAGAGACUCCAGCUGAAUUAACCAAUGAGAGAACAGAGCCAAAGCAGCUGUCCACAGGUGACCCACAGCCAACGAAGGCUACAUCUGAAGUCAAGAGACCUGACAAAGAGAAGACGGUGGACAAGGCGGCAUUAGGACCCAGCAGCGUGGAGAGGAGAGACAAGCCCCAGCCAACCAGAGAGGCUGACGGACAGAAGCUCUUGCGUACUCCUAGCAAAAGUCCACGAGCACAGCAGCAGCAGGGGAGUGGAUCCUCCUCCCCUUCCCGACCAGCCAGACCGGCUCGACCCCUCUCAGCCAACCUGGCUCCAGGGCCCCUUCCCUCUGGAGGCCGUCAGCUGAACCAGACCGAAAGCAAGGUGCUCCACGGUAGUUUCCAGGUCUUGGAUAAUGCCUCAUCUCCUCGCCGACCGCCAACCAGACCGCCUCCUCCAGCGACGGCGGGCGCUGUCGGGUCUGCAGCAGGACGGAAGCAGGCCGAAGUCUCCCGCAGCCAGCAGAGCCUCCUCACUCGCCAGCCUCUGUCGGCGCAGGGCAGGACGAGAGCCGGGCAGCCGCAGAACCAACAUUCUUACCCAAAACCCCCGACCUCCUUCCUCCACACGCACUCAAACAGAGAGCAGCAGCUCCAUCAUCAUUCCCAGAACCAGACGGCAGCACCGCGGGAAGCACAUUGGCAGGAAGAAGGAAGGACUCCAUUUAGCUUCACUUUUAGCAGGCUGUACAACCUCAAGGGCCUGAAGGACAGGAUGGGCAAGCUGCCAUCACAGAGCAAGAGAGGCAGCGCCAGCUCUCCGGGACAGGGACGCAAGAGCACGAGCUAGUCUGGUACCGUCAGUCUUCCUGGCGUUCAUUUUUAUGUAACCGUUUCACAUCAAGCCAAAGAAAAGGCUUGUUAGAGUUUUAUUAAGAUAGAAAACUGUCUCUCUUGACCCAGUAGGUGUACCAUGAAAAAAAAAGCCAAAAAUAACAUGUUUCACAGCAUUUUUUUCCUGUGAGCAAAGCAAAUACUUGGCUCUGCAGCAUAUUUUCACCCUUGGGUUACUUCUUUCUGGCGCUUUAAAUGAAUCUUUGAACUUUGACCUGUGACCCUGCUCCUGUCACAUCUCAUGGACUUUAAAUUUUUUUCUACAUGUCACAGUAUGAAAGCGCUCCUGUGCAUGAUGUUGCUCAUACUGGACCAAACAAAGAGUGAUUGGAAAGGUACUUUUCUUUUUCUGGAUGAUUCUUAUUCACAUUGUUGCAUGUCAAAUGAAAAUCUAGCAGCCUUUUCUGGCUAAACUUAGAGCUUUGCACUUUAACCUCUUUAACCCGCCUGCCCAUACCUCAUACAUUUUUUUAAUAAACAUUGUAUAGUUUUGGAGAGGUUCAGUUGCACUAGACACCAAAAAAUAAAACUCCUUUACUCUCAUAUACUCACAUGUAUACAUUUUACAUACAUUUUCAGCUGUGGCCUCAGUUAUUGAACAACAGAAUAAUGGAGAUUUUCACAUGAACAUUUGGAUAUCAACUGUUAAAUGUUUUGUAUGACCAAAGUAAUUAAACAACAGGGACAUAAGGUUUAUACACAUACAUGGGGUACUUCACAGUAGAUAAUCUGUGAUCAACUGUACAUACACUACUUUCAAUUUAGCAAAAACAAAUGCAGCUGCUUUAUACGUUUUUUGUGAAAUGUCUUAAAGGUCCUAUAUUGUAAAAAGUGAAAUUUAAGUGUCUUUUUUAUGAUUAUAAAGCAGAUUUAGGUGCAAUAGAAAUACUGUGAAAGUAUCAAAAUGCUCAAUUUAUGCACACAGCCCAUAUUCAGAAACUGUGCCUUUAAACGAGCCAACGGGGCUUCUGUCAGGCUGUGAUGUCACAGACAUACUGUAUAUAGGUAUAGCACUGUAUACAGGCUAUUGUGCUGUUACAGUCCCCAGCUGCAGUGAUGGUGCAGAGGUACUGAUAGUGCAGAUCAUGCAUAUAUAAAAAUAACUGAAUACAGCAUCAGAGGCGCUGCCCUGUUCAUUCCUAUGAAAGUUGCUCAAUGCUGUAUGAAGCCAAAUAAGUUAGAAUUUUUCCAAAAGAGAUGACAGGAAACGUUUCAGACAGGGUGAAUACAGGCAUAUUCAGACAGAGAGUAUGACAUCAGCAUUACAUUAUUUUGAGUAGAAACCUUAAACACAAGCAUGAAAUUGAAAAUGAGCAUAAAACGCCCCCUUUUAAAUCAACUGCUUCUUUUUUUUCUCCCUUUUUUGUCAUUUCAUUCAGAAAGAUUUCAAAUAUUCUUUGCCAACAGUAGUAUGUUGACUAAAUGAGAAUAAGUGCUUCCAGUAUACAGUAAUGGUGACCCUAAAUUGCAUGUAAAUGAUCAGAUUUUGAAACAGGUACUAUCACGUUUGAUAAAGCAAACAUAAAAAUGUACACAUACUGUAUUUAUAGAUAGAUAGAUAGAUAGAUAGAUAGAUAGAUAGAUAGAACUGUAUUUAGUGUGAUACUGUACAAUGCUGAAAACUACUGAAUGUCACAUUCUGUCUGCUUCUUCCAACAUGGUGUUGCAUAGAUUUAUAUUCUCUACCAUCACUUUACAUCCUGUUUACCAGACGAACAGGUACAUGUUCAAGUGACUAACCUCAUAACAGUGGCUGUUUAUUGUGUUUAUAUGAGUUGAUAGGGAGCAUCAAGCUCUUCCUCCUCUGUGCAUUUAAGUGUUAACGAUAGAAUUUGAACGCUACAAGUGUUGAUACAGAAUCUUAUCUCGUUGUUUUUUUUGAUGUACCAGACUUUUAUUUUGCUCAUUUUGUAUUCUUCCAUUGUGUGCUGUACAUUGAAACACCAAAGGGGUCAGGUAAUUGAUUUAUUCUUUGUUUACACCAAAUCCCAUUUACAUUCAAAAUGCUUUUUGCCUUGAAGACAAAGUCACAGCGACUGUGCCCAAACAAAGCAUAAGUUAUCUUCAGGGGCGAGCACAAUAAACACUGCACAGGACGGGACUCGUUACAAGGAAGACAGAUACAGAUGUCCUGCAGAUUGUAACGACAGUGUAAAAGACGGUGCCCUUGAGUUUUUACUGAAGGAAAGUAGGAUUUGUGCAGAGGUGCUGUUUGCAUGACGAAUAAACUCAUCAGUGACAUCAGUGAAAUGGCUCAUGUGCACAUAAUUCAUGCGUUGUUAGACAGAAAAAACUACCGUCUUUUCUUUGAAUGAGAAAAGCUCCAGUCUGUCAUCUUGUUAUGGGAUUCAGACAAUGAAUUUGUGCACUUGCUGAAUGUUUGUGUGCGCCUUUACUUUGAAACCAGCUUUAUUUUCCUGCUGCUCGGCUCUGUGAGUGCUUGUGUUCAUUUUGUUUUUCGUUGGA